AAUUAACUCAAUUCCAUAGAGUUUAGUUAACCAUUUUUUUGCCAAUUGAUAGUGUGAUUAGUGAAAGGGGUUUAGGGUUUAUCCUGAGCUGAUAAGGAUUAAGGAGAAUCAAACCAAGUCCAGCUAUGGAGAAUCAAAAUUCGAACCCGGAGACAAAUUCCGUUGGUCCUCCUUCUGCUCUGACCUACCUCGAUCCUCACUACUGGGACGAGAGGUUUUCUUCUGAAGAACACUAUGAAUGGUUCAAGGACUACUCUCAUUUCCAGCAUCUCAUCAAAUCCAACAUAAAAACCUCUUCUUCCGUCUUGGAAUUAGGAUGUGGGAACUCUCAGUUGUGUGAAGAGUUGUAUAAGGAUGGGAUUGUUGAUAUUACCUGCAUUGAUUUAUCUUCUGUUGCGGUAGAGAAGAUGCAGAGUCGGUUGCUAUCAAAAGGGUACAAAGAAAUAAAAGUGAUGCAAGCUAACAUGCUAGACCUCCCAUUUGACAGCGAGUCUUUUGAUGUCGUUAUUGAGAAAGGGACCAUGGAUGUACUGUUUGUGGAUGCUGGUGAUCCAUGGAAUCCCCGUCCAGAAACUGUUAGCAAAGUCAUGGCAACUCUUGAUGGAGUUCACCGGGUUUUGAAACCAGAUGGCAUUUUCAUUUCCAUUACUUUUGGCCAGCCGCAUUUCAGGCGUCCUUUGUUUAAGGAUCCUAAGUUUACUUGGUCCAUGGAGUACAACACUUUUGGCGAUGGCUUCCAUUAUUUCUUCUAUAUCUUAAGAAAGGGAAAGAGAUGUAAUGAGGAGAAAGAAGAUGAGAAAUGCAAUGAUCCAUCAAUAUCCCUAUAUCAAGAUGAACUUGAAGGCGAAGACUACCUAUUCCGAACACGCAUCGAUGAUGACGAGGAUUAGGACAAGAACAACGUGAGAUUAGUUGUUGUUGCUGUGUAAUGUUAUAUGUAUUUUGAUUUGUAAUUUUAGAAUCAUUCUUUGUGGAUUUUGGACAAAAGUAAAGGAUGGAAUCAAAGAAAUGGAGUUGAACCACACUUCUGCUUCCGUACCACACAGUUAACAAUUUAACACUUAUAAAUUUCAUGUGACAAC